CACCAAGAAGCAGGGCUUCUUCUCCGCGCUACGGGAGGAGGUGGCGCGCGGGCUGUCGCCGGGCCGCGCGCGGCGGCGGUCGGCGUCCAACGCCGCGGAGGUGGCGGCGGCGCUGCGCCGCUCAUGGAGGGCCCGGAUCCGGAGGCGUGCCCCGGCGCGAACUGCGGCGGCGCCGGCGCGCGGAGGGAGGGGUGGGGGCAGUGGGUGCGUGGCCAGCUCCAGCUCGCGCGCGCGCCGGCGGGGGCGGGGGCGGACGCCGGGGCCGGGGCCGGGCCCGCCGCCGCCGCCAGGCGGAACGACCUCAGGCUCCUGCUCGGCGUCAUGGGCGCGCCGCUCGCGCCCGUGCACGUCUGCGCCGCCGAGCCGCUGCCGCACCUCAGCAUCAAGGACACCCCCAUUGAGACCUCGUCGGCGCAGUACAUCCUCCAGCAGUACCUGGCUGCCUCCGGCGGGCAGAGGCUGCUUUCCUCUAUCCGGAACUCGUAUGCUAUGGGCAAGGUGAGGAUGGUGGCUACCGAGUUCGAGACCGGUGGCCGCGUCGUGAGGAACCGCAUGGCGGCGCAGCGCGCCGAGCCUGGGCGCUUCGUGCUGUGGCAGAUGGCACCGGAGAUGUGGUACAUUGAGCUGGCUGUCGGUGGGAGCAAGGUGCACGCCGGCUGCAAUGGCAAGCUCGUGUGGCGCCACACCCCGUGGCUUGGCGCACAUUCUGCCAAGGGCCCUGUUCGCCCACUUCGCCGUGCUCUUCAGGGUCUAGAUCCAUUGACUGCAGCAAGCAUGUUUGCUGGUGCAAGGUGCAUUGGCGAGAGAAAGGUGAACGGGGAGGAUUGCUUCAUCCUGAAGCUUUGUGCUGAUCCUGAGACGCUGAGAGCACGCAGUGAGGGGCUUGCGGAGAUCAUCCGGCAUGUCCUCUUUGGGUACUUCAGCCAGAAGACUGGGCUUCUUGUUCAUCUUGAGGACUCACACCUCACCCGAAUCCAGUCAACAACCGGCGGAGAUGCAGUUUACUGGGAGACUACCAUCAAUUCAUUCAUCGAGGACUACCGUCCGGUGGAGGGUAUUAUGAUUGCACAUUCUGGGCGCUCAGCUGUGACCCUCUUCCGGUUCGGGGAGGCGGCCAUGAGCCACACCAAGACCCGAAUGGAGGAGGCAUGGAGCAUCGAGGAGGUCGCGUUCAAUGUCCCUGGCCUCUCCAUGGAUUGUUUCAUCCCGCCCACUGAUAUCAAGUCUGGAUCUAUCAGUGAGACCGUUGAGCUUCCACAGGGUGAGAAGAGCAAGGUCGGUCUUCUCCUCUGUCAUCGUGCUAAGGUUGCAGCUCUAGAGAAGGCAGAUGAUAACGUCGCGUGGAGCGGAGCCCUACAGCUAGAUUGCAAGUGAUUGGUAGCCCACUGAUACUCGCGCCUUCUUGCAUUCCAACUGACUGAUUUUGAUGGAUGUAGGGUAGAGAGACAAGAGAGCUAAGGAGGAUUUGGAGCUUUAUACCAUCCCAAAUUUCCUCUGUAAAUAGGAAGCUGCUUAAGGCACUCACAUGGCCUUCCAUAUCCCAGAGGAGGCCCUGUGUGAAGAAUCCUGUCUGAUCUCAUCCGGAGGAUUUGGUAGUAGGUAGUCUUGUCUGUAACUUUGUGUCUUUCUUCUGUCGGUACCUCAUGGACGGAAGAACCAAUGUAGGUGUUCUUCCCCGUCCAGCCACAUGAUAUGGAUCAUUGUGGGCGGUGCUUCUUGCUGUCAUAGGCAAAACUAAUCAUCGGAGGCCAGCGAGGAAGAAGGAUUUCUUUGCGGGCAAUUGAGAGUGAUUUCAUUUCACCGUCGUCGUUGUUGAGUCUGAUUAGCAGCAGUCCAGUAUGCUUUGGUUGGUGAUUAGUCUGUGGUCAAACUAACUUUUAGGGGGAGGCAAAUUAUGUAAGCUGUGGGUGGUCCUGAUCCUGGGGGUCAGGCUGUGUACCCUUUUUCCUUCACAUCUCUCUUAUUUAGUAUGAGAUGGUGGUUGUAUUCUACAGAAGUUUGAUGUAAGCCAAAACUUCUAUGAAUAUCAUGGCUUGAAUUUUUUUUCUCAUA